UCCCCACCACUGAGUGGCAACCUCAGCUGUUGCCCUCUGUCAGUCUCCUUUCAGCCCUGUGGCUGGCAGCUGCCUCCCUCCCUGUCUCUCCUUGGCCUCGGGCCCCCCACGGCCCCCAUCCAGCCCCAUGGUGAUCCCCUCGGCCCUGGAGGGGCCUCCAGCCCCGCUCACGGCCCUGCGCCUGGGCUGGGGCGGCAAGCAGCCGGCCUGCUAUCUUCCCUCCUCCCGCUGUCACCGCCAGCCCUCCACAGGUGGCAGCAGCAGCAGUGGCAGUGCAGGAUGCGAGCCCCCCGGCACCGGGCCUCCCGCCUCACUGGCCGCCUCCCUCCUCACUGAGCCCGCCAUGACGAGCCAGCACAGCCAUGCCACCUUCUCCAGCAUCCAAUCCAUGGCCGAGCAUCCGCAGAUUCUGCCGGACCUGAGCAUCCUACAGCGGCGAAUCCCCUUGACCUUCCGGGACUCAGCCAGCGCCCCGCUGCGGAAGCUCUCGGUGGACCUCAUCAAGACCUACAAGCACAUCAGGGAGGUCUACUAUGCCAAGAAGAAGCGGCGGGCGCAGCAGGUGCCGCCCGAGGACUCAAGCACCAAGAAGGAGAGGAAGGUUUAUAACGAGGGCUACGAUGAUGACAACUAUGACUACAUUGUCAAGAGCGGCGAGCGCUGGCUGGACCGCUAUGAGAUUGACUCGCUCAUCGGCAAGGGCUCCUUCGGCCAGGUGGUGAAAGCCUAUGACCACCACGACCAGGAGUGGGUGGCCAUCAAGAUCAUCAAGAACAAGAAGGCCUUCCUGAACCAAGCCCAGAUCGAGCUGCGGCUGCUGGAGCUCAUGAACCAGCACGACACUGAGAUGAAGUACUACAUUGUGCACCUGAAGCAGCACUUCAUGUUCCGCAACCACCUGUGCCUGGCCUUCGAGCUGCUGUCCUACAACCUCUACGACCUGCUACGCAACACCAACUUCCGUGGCGUCUCGCUCAACCUCACGCGCAAGUUUGCCCAGCAGCUCUGCACGGCCCUGCUCUUCCUGGCCACCCCGGAGCUCAGCAUCAUCCACUGCGACCUCAAGCCCGAAAACAUCUUGCUCUGCAACCCCAAGCGCAGCGCCAUCAAGAUUGUUGACUUUGGCAGCUCCUGCCAGCUCGGCCAGCGGAUCUACCAGUACAUCCAGAGCCGGUUCUACCGGUCGCCCGAGGUGCUGCUGGGGCUGCCCUACGACCUGGCCAUCGACAUGUGGUCCCUGGGCUGCAUCCUGGUGGAGAUGCACACGGGGGAGCCCCUCUUCAGCGGCUCCAACGAGGCGGACCAGAUGAGCCGCAUAGUGGAGGUGCUGGGCCUGCCACCCCCCCACAUGCUGGAGCAGGCCCCCAAGGCGCGCAAGUACUUCGACAAGCUGCCUGAGGGCCCCCCCCCCAAAGGUUCUCCAGGCCACACGCCCUCGGACUACCUGAAGUUCAAGGCCCUGGUGCUGCGCAUGCUGGACUACGAGCCGCGGAGCCGCAUCACCCCCUUCUACGCCCUGCAGCACAACUUCUUCAAGAAGACCAGCGAUGAGGGCACCAACACCACCCCCAGCGCCUCCACCAGCCCUGCCCUGGGCCACAGCCACAGCACCAGCACGGCCAGCUCUGUCUCCAGCUCUGGUGGCUCCAGUGGCUCCUCCAAUGACAACCGCAGCUAUCGCUACAGCAACCGCUACUAUGGGGCCCCUGGCCCCGCCCCUCCCCCCUGGUGGGGGGGCCCCGAGCGCAUGGACUGCGCCCCCUUCAGCGCCUCGGCCUUCCGGACUAGGGGGGGCGUGGGGGGCCGCCCCGGCGAGCCCGGGGGGGGCCUGCCCCUGGGCUACCUGCGGGGCCGGGCGGAGCCCGAUGACUCAGCACCCCCUAUGCUGGGGGUGUGCGUGCCCCAGAGCACAGCAGCCAGCUCCUGAGGACUCUGCCGCCAGCCACAGUGCUCUUACCGCCGCUGCCGCCACCUGGAGCUGUACCUCCACUGGCCCAGGGGGCUGAGGAAUGAGAGACAGAGGAAAGGAAGGGGGAGGGGGCUUCCCUGGUUGGCCUCGCCCCUUCCUCAAGCCCCGCCCCUGGCAUGGGGGGGCUGUAUGGAGGUCUGCUGUGGCCACGCAACCCCCCCUCCAUUGGCUCUGCUGCGUGGUAUGACCCAGCAUGGGGGCCUCUAGCAGAGUUGGUGUUGCCUGGUUGUGGGGAAAUCUCCCCCCCCCCAUGGUUUUGCCCUCUUGGUAUGAUCCAGAGAAGGGGAGUCCCCUCUGACUCUACUCUCUUGCUAUAACCCAGGGAGGGGGAAUGCCCCCCCAUGGCUCCACCCUCUUGGUAUCACCCAGGGAAGGGGAAUUCCACCUUGGUAUGACCCAGAGAACCCACCCAUGGCUCUGCUCCCUGAUGUCACCCAGGAUAAGGCCCUGCUCAGUGGAGGGCCCAGCCCCUAGCCAUGCCCCCUGGGCUUCCCCAGCAUGGGCGGGAGCCAUAGCCUGCCCCCUGUAGCUCCACCCCUUCUGGUGUCAGCCACUGGGGGUGGCCCCUCCCACCUCCCCUUUAAAGCACCACCCCCUUGGUGGGUGCCUGUUGGUCCCCUCUGUGCGGCAGCCCCCCCAUUGGUCUCCCUCUCCCUGUAGCCACGCCCCCUGGCUCUACCCACUGCUCCCCGCACCAUGGACAGCUGGGGGGGGGCGGGGUUAGACCCCCGGACCCUCCUGCACUUCACGGACUGGAAUUGCUGCUACGAACUGCCCCCAAACACCCCUUGCCCCUCUUCCUCCUCCCCCUGGGGGGGCAGUUAAUUGGGGGGGGGGGAAAUA